GAGCACGAGCGCCCCCUCCCCUCUGAUUGCGGCGUCGCGCGGCGCGCUCCCGACAGCCCACUCGUGCUGCUGCUGUACUGUAAUCAUAUGAUAGGGAGUCGAUCCCCGCUGCAGAAUACCGACACACCGGGCGUCGGAGCCGGGGCGGAGGAGACGAGUUCACGGCAGGUUUGAAGCUGAAGAAGAAGUGUCGGUGAAAAGAGCCGCGUGGGGCGUGAAGCAAAACUAACCUCCCCUCCGAAAAGGAACUUUUUGAAACUCUGGAGACAGUCGGACAGAGAGGGGACCAGCUUUGAAGAAGAGAGGACACACACACCCAACGUUAACCGAGGGGCAGUCGAGUCAAGCAGCGCUGAGAUUUGGGUUUAUCAGCCGAAAAAGAGAGGCGGAGAGCGGGUCACGGUCGGUACUAUCCCCUCUGGGUCCUCGCAUCGCUUGUUGGGGCGUGUCUUUUUUUUUUAUUCCCCCUAAAAAGUUUAUCGAGUAAGCUAUCUAUAGUCACUUUUAUUGUUGAAACAUAAGCCAUGGUUGGGGAGACAGAGGUGAAGGAGAGACCCAAGUCCAAUCCGGACUAUUUAAUGCAGCUGAUGAACGACAGGAAGGUGAUGAGCUCCCUGCCCAACUUCAGCGGCAUCUUCACGCAUCUGGAGCGGCUGCUGGAUGAAGGUAACCCGGCUUCUGUUCCUCCACUUGUCACACCACAGAUGCAAUUAGUCCACCCUGUUUGAAACCAGAGCUGCUCACAGAAGACCCUGCGUUUGCCUCCCAGUAUUGAAAAGUCAUUAACUCCAGGAAUUCCUGAUUGUCUCCUAGGAAACAUUUCUAACGUCCUCCAUCCAGCUCUGAAAGAUGCCAAAGAUUAAUCAUAAAACAGAAACAUAGUUGUGUUUCGCCUCAGUGAAAUCUCCCAUAACAGUUUGGAGAAAUUUCCCACAGAAACUUGAUUCACCACUGCUUAAAAAAAACUAAAUAGUGAAUGGGUUAUGUCCUCACUUUAAGUCACAUUUUGACUUGGUUGAAAGAAGCAGAUAAGCUCUCUCUGUCACACACACUCACAGGGACACACACACACUCUCAUGCACACACGUUGGGGCAGUUGGUGAUGGGAACAAACAGACAGUUGUUAGUCUUUCUCAGUGACCUAAUGCGCAGGCUUAUGUGAAUGCUGCAGCCCAUCCCUGAGCAGGAGCGACAGCAUGUCACUGAGUAAAAUAUUUGAUUUGAGACACGCUGCUUGUACAGCCAAUCCAUUCAGUUCAGAUGCUGGUAAUUUACAUUUUUUGCCAAAGAUCUCUAGAAGUUUUUAGAGCAGAGCAACAAGUCUCACAGUUUCCUUUUGCUUCAUUUUCUCACAGAGGUGGGAAUCACCAGAGACCUGACAUCACGAUAUUGUCACAACACUUGAAUUCCCAAACAGUACUGUCACUAAGUUUCAAUCUGGAAACAAUGUCGUAGUACUCAGUGCAACUCUUUCAAAAUACACGUCUUACUGUCUUUGAGAAACUAUUAAUUUGAAUCAGAUUACAAUAUCCCAGCACUUGAGUCUCACUCUGAUACUUCAUAUCACGAUAUUUGAGUAAUCAGACAUGAUGAUACCUAAAUCGCGAACAUAUCGCAGUAUGUCGUAAGCAAAUGUCAUGAAAUUUAAAUAUGAUACAAUUUGACAUGAUAUGGCACGAUUACGAUGUGAUUACGAUAUCACAGUACUUAACAUCAUUUAUGUUGCCAAAUGAUGUCGUCACCAAACUUGCAUACUAUCACGAUAUCUGUACUUGGAUGGCAAUUUUUACGCUUCAUGAUACUUGAUAUAUCACAAUAUAUGCACAACAAAAUGUUGGCAUGAAACUUGAAUAAAACUGCGAUACCACACUACUUAAGUGGCGAUCCAGUAUUUUCAUGAUACUUAAGUUUUAAUAUUUAAGUCAAGUAUGUUAUUGUCAAAAAGUAAUAUUUUAACAAUACAUGUCAGAAUGUGAUAUUGUGAUACCACAUAUCACGAUAUGUGAGUGCCCAAACAAUAUGUGAUAUCAUCUCAAAUAUGCAACUUGAGAUUCAAUAUCAUCUUUAACUAUUUCUUAGCUUUUUAGUGGUCAAUUAAGUCCCCGGUUAUGUCAACUUUAGUUUUGUCUUGAGUGAACUUUUAACAGAAAAGUACACUGUGUACAAAAAUUCUACACAUUACCUCAGUUUCUGCAAGUUCAUUACUGUUAACUUACAAUCACACAAUAAUUCUACUUCCUUUUUAUGACCAAAGUUACAACCUUCAAAAUGUUGACAAAUGAAGCCAACAAGGCAGUCCCAAAAACUGCAGUUCCUCCAGUGGCCACUAGAGGCUGGUCCCAAAGGCCCAUCAAUCCUAAUAGAGCUCUGUAUUAAAAUGCCUGUCUUUAUCGCACAAUUGAACAUAUCGACUGCUUGAUACAUAAAAAUUUUGCUUUCUGUAGCUAAAUUUUUUUUUUGGUAGCAAUGCAAGACAAAUAUAACUGACCUUUAUAUGAAUAUGUAGGGGUGCGGGCCCUUUGGGUGAAAAGAUGGGUGCUACUUUUGACACAGCUGUGGGUCAGAACUGUGUUGGCUUUUACAGCCAAACUAGCAAGCAGAUGCUCAUAUAGCAUCUUUAAUCUCAUAGUUUAUAACUCCAAUUAGCAAUCAAUACAAACACAGUCACUCCUUGCUUAUUAGAUUAUUCGCCAGCUGAUAAAGUAGUUGACACAGUUAAGCUUUGAUUACCUGGUGUUCACCAACCAAUAUCUCCAUCAUCACCAUCUCAUUUAAAAGGGUGACUUCUGGAUCUAGGAGUGUCCCAAAAUGACUAAUAUCAUGGCAGUUUCAGCAGAAAGUUAAAUUCUAGCUAACUGAUUGGACCAAAGAUUGGGAAAUGCUCAGAAAAGAGUCGCAAUUUGGAACGAUUUAUCAUGGCGAAAAGCUGGAUUGUAGAGUCUCGACUUUGCUGAUGCAGCUAACAUUAGCAAAAAUGUUCGACCUUCAUUUUUGUUCAACCAACUGGUAAUCCUGGUGCUGACUAGCAACAAGAAGUCGCCGUACACAAACUUGUUAGCCCUCUGUCGCUGGCUCAAACAGAAGAUGCCACCAGGCUGGAAACGGGCUCGGUACAAUGCCUUUCAUUCUAGCGGGGGGUGUCAUUUUAUCAUGUGUGCGUCGUCCCUACUUUUAAAGGCGGCGUCAGGUUGGCUGAGUCAAUUAUUUAUACCAUUCAUGGUUUUGACUAACAAACCUCCGCUGACCUCGCUCGAACAAAACUGAGCUUUAUUUGAUAUCCUGGAAAGUUGUAGAUUUUAUCAGUCGAGUUGAAAAAGUUUAUAGCUGUAUUUGUUACCCCAGAGGAGAUGUUGUGUUUUUGUAGCGAACAGAUUGAGGUAUUAGAUUGGCGCAUUGAUAGCUGUAUUGGGUCCCCUAUUGAAGGUUGUAUCAGGGAUUUAUCCGCUUUGUUAUAAGAACAUUUAAAUUAACUUUAUACUGUUUGUAGUUGCAGUAAAAACUUCGCCAUGACUUCAAAAACUUAUUUUUACUUCUGCCGGAUUGAUAUUCAUUCUCUACCGGUUGCAACCAGCUGCUAAGGCCUGUUGUUGAUGCCGCCACUGUUAUUGCACAUCAGGAUCACCAAGGUCCAGACUUUUGUGACAAGUCUCAUGACGCAGCAAGGUUGUCCGCACACCGGACGACCUCCAGAGCCUGACAAAUAGGUCAACUUAACAUCUCUAGCCGUGUUAAUGUUGAAGACUUGACAGCUGAGCGCACUCAUCCCUCACACAUGAUAAAAUGACACCCCCGGCUAGAAUGAAAGGCAUUGUACCGAGCCCAUUUCCAGCCUGGUGGUAUCUUCUGCCUGAGUUAUGCGGACAGCGACAGAGGACUAAAAAGUUUGUGCAGGGUAAUAUGUACGCCUGCCAGUCAGUCAUAUCAUCAGGUCGCAUGUUUGUGGCAUAUUUGGAAGCACUGUGGCGGAGUCCUGUCUAUAUAUAAACCAAUGACAGGUUGAAGUGUGUAGAUAAAGGCUGCCACAGCUCCCCCUCUUUAUCUUUCACUUGUUCUGCUCUUGUUCUUCUUUCACUUCUCGUUUUUCCCCCUCCAAGUCGCUCCCUGUUUCCACUGAGCGGGUGACCAAAGCCCUGCCUGUCUGCGCAGAUUUGUUUGUGUUUGUGCGUGUUUUUAAUAGUCACUUUUGGCUUGUAACAGGUCCGAAUGGGUUAUUAGAGGAUCAUCAUUGUCACUGAAGCUGCGGCUGUAAUUAUAGCGUCCUACUGUAGUUAUUACGGUCGGACGGACUUAUCACUCAGAGUGCAGGGAGACAUGCCUGUCAGCCUGCUUAGGUCAGAUGAUAUUUGUGCCUCAAGGCAGUUAUUCUGCUGUGUGUGUGUGUGUGUGUCUGAGUGGGUUAGAGCAGGGAGGAGGAGGGGGGGUAUCUGAGUGUGUCUGUGCUGCGUAUGUGUUUGUGUGGUGCAGCAGUCAGUUAUUAUUGUGCUAGCGUGUCAUUACAAAGGCAUCAGAGGGUAGCAUCGGUCAUUGAGACGACACUCAACAAGCAGACAGGCUGACAAACAGUCUCAAUUAUGAUGGUUUCCCUGCACCGAAUCUUAAGCCCUAAAUUUGGUAUUACAGUGUUUGUUUAAGCAGAAAUCCACCAAAUCUUCCUGAAAGUGGGAAUUUUUCCCUCUUUUUAACUUUUGUACCUGAUACUGUCAGGUUUUAGACUGAUUGUGAGAUAAAAAAGUCAUUUAAGGACAUUUAAAAAGGAAAAUGUCACAGACUUUUUCAACCUUUGCUGAAACGAUAAAGACACGUUUAUCAAUCUGCGAAAUAGUCUUCAGAUUACAGCCUGUAACAAACAUUUUUCUUAUUCAUUAUUGAACUUUAAAAUAAUCCGCGUUGAUUAAUGAUGCAUUUAGUAUCUAAAGAACAGAAAACAUUUUUAAUGUUAAAAUGUUGAUAACUUUUCCUUCAAGAUGUUAUUGUUUUGUUUUUAAUGCAACAAAAGAACAUUAAAUUUAAUCAAACAUGUACGGUGGCCCCGAAGGUCUAUAGUUUGAACUUUAAAUGAUUUCAAAAAACUCAGUGAACUUCUAAAAAUUUUUUUACAAAAAAGUUAAUGUAAAAAAGAAAAGUACUACUUGUAAUACAAAACUGAUUUUCAAGAUGAAUAAAUAUUUUAUGUGAUGCAAAACAUUUUCCCAAAAAAAAAAACACUUUUUAAGAUUUUGCUUUUUGAGAUUUUGCUUUUUGAUUAUUUGGAAUAGUUUUUGCAUUUUCUGAAAUAUUUUUGACUGUAGUGAAUGUUUUAUGAAGUUUUUAAUCAUAUAAAAUGAAUAAAACAUCAAUAUUUUACAUGUGUACGGAAUUUUUCUGUGUUUUGUGAAUUGUUUUUGCACUUUGCUACAUAUUAUGUAUGUGGAAUAUUUUUGUGUUGAUAAAAUCUUUGUUUUUUUCAACAUUUUUAUGCUUUUUAAAUCAAUUUUCCACUGUAGGAAAUAUUUUUGAAGUAUUAAAAAUAUUUUUGCAUUAAUUCAAUAAAGUGAAACAUGAAUUGUUUUUGGAUUUCAUAAAAUAUGUUUGAUUUAUGACAUAUUUUUUGUAGCUAAAUGACAUGCCUGAUGUAAUAGAAAUGUCUUUGCAGCUGACCUUCAGGGCCACCGUACACAGGUCACAGGAACGUCAAGAAAAUCUAAUACAAUGACAUUAAAAUCCUUAAGGUAGAGUCUAAAAAUACUUUGACUAAUUAUAAGUUUAUCAUGAAACAAGUGAUAAACUGUACCUUAAAAGUUUAAAGCAGUUUUUUGCUUUCAAAUCACUGUAACCUGAAUAUUUUGUGUUCUUGAUGAAAAAAUUGUUUGAUCUAAGUUUUCUAAAGGAGGCCGGACUAAAGUUAUGUCCUUUUGCUUGCUUUUUUUCCUCUCCAACCUAUAGUUUUCUCUUUGUUUAGUUAUUCAGUAACAGAGGAGUUUCAGAGCUGCAUAAACACAGGUGGGGAGCAGGUCAGUGUGACCCCAAAUAACACGAAAUGUGGGUGGGAGCUGAGUGAGUUUGUGUGUGUUGAUUUCUGUUGGGGAAAGACGUAAAAAGGAGAGACCUGAUGUGUCAUAGGGGAGUCCUGAUUGAAACACAUUGAGCGGUCAGAUUCUACAUCGUGGUGCUGAAUGUUUGUGACCGUCUCACUGCUUCUCUGACCGUCUGUCUGAUUGUCUCACCGCCUGCUGUCACAUUCAGAGCCUCCUGUAAUUCUGUGACAGUGAGUCAUCAUCCGAAAAAACGGGCGGUCUGAGGGAACAUGACACUUGUUGACCCUUGUUGACACUUUCCAGGACGUCCUUGGAGAAAUUGACUCAAAUUAACUCCCCCUCUCUCUCUCUCUCUCUCUCUCUCUCACUCUUACUCUGUUUCCCAGAAAUCGGCAGGGUACGCAAAGACAUGUACAACGACACGGUGAACGGCGGCAUGUUCAACGGGCGGGACAUGGAGGAGCUUCCCGAAGCCAUCGGCCCCGUGGCUCAGCUGCAGGAGAAGCUAUACGUGCCCGUCAAAGAGUUCCCCGACGUGAGUGGCCAAGUCCCCGACCUCUGACCUUUACAAAGACUCCACUGUUAACUUUUUGUCACUUUAUCUCCUCGAGUGCUGCCAGAAAGCGAGCGAGGCUUUCAACCACAGGGAGUUUUUUUUUUGCUUUACAUUUUGUCCAAAAGCUGAUUUCACUCUGAGAUCAUCUCUGCUCACACCCUCUGAUGUAACCCAGACUUUAAAUAGAUCAAUAAUGAACCCUGGCCGGAGUCUCUGAUGAGAUAAAAAUUAAUAAUUUACAGCUUUUGUUUUCCGAAAAAACCCUGAUUUCACUUCCCUCGCUUUCAAACGUAAGUUUUCAGCAUCAAUAUUUAUAAGAGCUCAAAGUCUUUCCCGCAAAUAUAAAAGACAAACGCAGCGAAGAGAUUUGAUCCGGCGCUCCCGCCAAGUACAGUUAAGCACUUCAAUAUGAGUUGCGUUGAUCCAGAUUGAGUGGCUCACAUGAUUUUUCACCGUGCAUCAGCUCGCCAAUCAGCGAAUACAAUGACAGGCUGUCCUCACUCACAUGACGGAGGACUAACAGGACACACAAGCAGACAGGCGAAACGGUUGAGAUCAAGGUUAAAUUUAGAGAGCAGUUCCUCUAUCUGGAUUUGAGGCCAGAGCGGGUGUGUUGCAACUGUUGCCGAAGUGGACAUUAGGUUAAAAAAGUAGGAAGAGGCCGGACGAGUGUUACGAGAGAAGCAGGGAGAGACAGAGGGAUCGUGGCAGGGAGACAAACACACACACGCAGACACACACACACACACACAGACAGACAGAGGGGCAGCUGUCUAGUUAAUCACUCAGUCUUAGUGACAGAUAAGGUUAAGAGAACGACGCUGCCACCAGCAGCAGCCAGCACCCCUAUAAUGAGCUAUUUUUGUCCCUGUUAGUAACACAAACACAUCACACACGCACAAACUCCAAAAGCCAAACACGCACUCACACACAUUGUAAAGAGAUAGUCUGACUGUCUGACUCUUCUUACCGUCAAGUUUCACUCACUAUCUGUGUGUUUUUCGCUCUUCUGUGCAGUUUAACUUCGUAGGGAGGAUUCUGGGCCCACGUGGGCUGACGGCCAAACAACUGGAGGCAGAGACCGGCUGCAAGAUUAUGGUGCGAGGAAAGGGCUCCAUGAGAGACAAGAAGAAGGUAGACACACUCGCACGCUCACACGAACACACACUUUCAUUUUCUUCUGAGCUGUUUUCUUUCCCACGGCUUUACAACAGAUCAAAGGGAUGAAUUCCUGUGUUUGUUCAGAUUCAUUUGAAUCGAUUGUUUGAUAUUUUAUCUCGAUCUCAUUACGAAAGUUAAGGCUCAUUUAUGCGCAACAUCUGAGACCAACGUACAGAACUUGGAUGGAGUCCCCUGCCUGUACUUUGCUUUAAUUUUGUUCACAUCUGCAUGUUUGUGGAGGCUUUUAGAUAGAAAUCAAACAUCGCAGUACCAACAGAAACCACAGGGGGCAGCAUUGAGCGAUGUAGCAAUCCACAAUAAAAAAUACUUUAGAAAAUGGCAGAACUUUUGAGGGAAAUACUCAGUAGUCGCAUGUUUACUGAUACUGAACUUUUAAAAAAACAUGUUAACACGUUAGUUUGACUGAAAUCACUCUCUCUUAUAAUCCUCACUGUCGGACUAACGUAUCUCAAAAUGUCGUAAUUCAGACAGUACACUAAACCGCGACAGACAAAGAAAGCAAGAAAAAAAAAGACAAAGCUUAAACAAACAGCACAGAGCAGUAGAAGUGACGUAGCUGUCAGCCUCUUGCUAAUGCGUUUUGUCGAUUGUUUUGGUACGCAUUCAAAGCGAACGGUGGUAUACCAGGAAGUGAAUAAGCAUAAUGAAGAGGUAGUUUGGUAGAAGGGAGUCUUAUAUUCAAGUUUACAAGUGACGUGGCAAAGGUGGGCGGGCCUCAUUCUUAACAGGAACUUAAACAACACCGCCUUCAUUACCACUAACUUUUGACUUUGAGUGGCUCCCCCUGGUGGAUGCAUUGUUAAGCGUCCACCUCGAUGCAAAGUGCAGAUUGGAGUUUGUUUGUAUCGACCACAGGCUGUUUAAAACACGGACAUGUGAGGCCAGACGUUUUAGAGCUCCCCCUGGUGACUGGCUAUAUUAUAGGUCUUACACCCGCCUCCUUCAUCAUAACAGAUGGAACACAAAAAUCUAUUUUGCCGUGAACCGUAGCAGGUUGAGGGAUUGUUGACGUUUAACUUGUAAGUCGAUAUUGUGUUUUUGUUAUCAGAGGGAGUGUGACGUUUUUCUCUCAGAUCGUUUUUGCGCUUGCUUAUUGCAGCUUUAAUUUGAACAAUGGGAGGAGAUGUUGUCCAUCUAAGUUUACAGCCAAUAGUAGUGACAGAUGCAUAAUUUACAUUUCUUAUACGCUAAUGAAGCAUGAAUGAGCCUCCAAAUGAGAAGAUUGUGUUAGUUUAAAGCUCCUGUGAGGAACUUUUGGUUUGGCGCCCCCUGUGGACAAAGCAAACUUUGCUCAUCUUGUCUUAUGUAUGUUUAAAUCUCAUCAGUCAGUCUUUUAACAGUCAAGUUUAUCAUUUAUUGUGAAUAUUUUGUAUGGAAAUCAUAAAAACUGGGCUGUCUCCUCAGCUGACACCUACCCUCCUGCACCAGUUUCAGGCAUUAAAAACUCCGAUCUUAAAACCUUAAUCUUAUCGUUAAUGUUCUUGUUUACUCUUGUAUAACAUAAAAAGAUGUCAGUAUGAAUUGUAGUUUGAUUUAUUAAUGUCAGAAAACUCCUCACAGGAGCUUUAAGGUCCAGCACCGGGGGGGAUUUUGUGUAGCUCAGCAUAGAGACUGAAAACAGGGGGAACAGCUCGCCCGGCUCUUUCAGAUGAUUCACAAAUACUCAGUCAUGUUGCAACCAAAGACUCCAGGAAGUCACCGCAUCAGGCUGAGAAAGACUCCCCCAAACUCCCUCUGUAAAUCUGCAAUGUCAUAUUUUUACUCCGCAGUUCUCGUAAACGUAAAAGUAAUGAUAUUUUCUGUGUUUAUCUGCUAAACGUGUAAGUUUUCGAGGCGCUGGAGGCUUGUUUAUUAAAUCCAGACAGAGCCAAACCAGCUGUUUCCUCUUUUUUUUCGAGGCCUUUAUGCAAAGCUGAACAACCUCUCGUGCACUUCGAGGUUAUGAAAAAGGAAGGUGUAAGUCCUCUCAUCACGCUGUCUGCAAAAAGGGAAAUAAGUGAGUCGGAUGAAAUUCAUUUAUGGCCUCUAAAAACCUUUCAUCACCCCGUGUGACAUCUCGUGAGUCUCUGAUUUUGCGCGGUUUGAGAAAUCAACUCGGAGGAACAUCAGGAGAGUCAGGUAAUCAGCGUGUAUUGUGUACUUUCAUUAUUGUUAUUAUUGUGAAAUUAACCUUAAUGUGCCUCAAACCGCUCUCAUUCUGAGUCACAUAGAAACUCAGGGAUGAUAAAACCGGCUCAUAAAACCAGGACAGGGUGUUCAGAUGUGAAAUACUUAAUGUUUCCCAUUGAUCCAGAAACGAUAAGAGUCUUGAUGCUCGAGAUACUUCAGAGAUGACUGCAAAGUAACACUCACUCUAUCCGUCUAUCCGUCUGUCUCGAAAACAAGUUUUUUGGUGCUCGGUUUUCCUCUCCUGGUGUUCUCUCCAUCUGUUCCCUCUUCCUCUCCCCUGGUGUUUGCUGUUGGACGGACUCGGCUCCAGCUUUCCAAACGGCAGGUGGAGCAAGUCCAGCAUUCCAGCCCACCCUCUCUCUCUCUCCAGAACGUUCCCUACCCCGCACGCCCCUCAGAGAGAAAGAGAGAGAGAGAGAGAUGCACAGGGAGAGAAAGAGAGGAAGGAAAACAGAGACACAGUGGGAGGCAACAGGGGGAGACGAGAGAAAGAUGUUGACUUUUGGUGUUUUUCAAAAUGAUACAUCUCACUUGACAAAACAUUCCCAGAGGAUACAAUCUCGCCGCUCUCAAGGCUUCGAAAUCUCCGCUUUAACCGGGGCUUGAAACAGGCUGUUAUUUUCAUUACAGCUCAUUUUAUCUCAUUAAGUGAGAGUCCGAGCUAUGAAACAUAUUAAAGGGAUGCAGCAUUCAAGACAUACACGUGCCUGCUUUCUUCACAAUACCAAUUUCAAUACCAAUUAAUCUAGGAGUUAGUUCGUGUUUCUUAGUUUUAAGACCAGAAACAGCUGGAAACGGCUGCCUGGAUUCACCCAGCCGAGGUUAUUCUCGUUCACGAGAACUAACAAAAUUACAAAAAACAUUUUAACUGAAUUAAAAAUAAAAAUGAGACUUUACAUAAGCAAGAUAACCAACUAAAGCUUUGUUGUGUGUCUUAAAAAACGAACUAAAACCGUGGAGAGAAUACGCUUUUUGUCUGUGACUCACAGAAACACCCUGGAGCAGCGCCAGGAGUUAAACUGAAACCAUUUCUGUUUCAAUUGAUCGAUCAAUCAAUCUUUAUUUGUACAGCACCAAUUCACGACACGUGUUGUACUAAGAUGCCUAACACGACGCUGGUCUAGACCCAGUAUCCAGACCGACUUCCAUCUUGCAAGAUCAGACCCAUUCCCAUCCUAUCUACAGACACAUUUGCAGCGUUAAUGAAGUUACAGUAGAGAGCAGAACCAGACUCGUGUCAUCUGCUGAGACUGAACCGGGUUUAGAGAGGGGAUAGAGGGAGAUGCAGAUGGUGAGAGUGAUGCAUGUAGUUGAAGCAGCUGGAAAGCAGCAGGUCCACAGCAGCCAAACAUCUGCAGCAGUGAUCCAGAGGAAGCUACGACAUGAUGGAGCUCAGGGACUCUCAGAAGAGACUGUAUUAGUCAAUCUAAUGGGACAUGUUGAUUUAAACUUGUUUAUUACUCUAUAUAAUAUAGAUGUCUUUAACAGAGAUCAUUUAAGGUCUCUCUAAACAUUAACGAUGCAAUAUUCUGAAAGCAGCUGCUGCUUUUUAAAUACUCUCCUCUUCAUAUUUUUCUGUAGAUGGUGAAGGAAAUACCAGCGUUUCAGUUACCAAGUCAGAAAAAAGCAAAAUCUGAGUUAUUUUUGCGCUUGCCUUGUCUGAACAUAACAAGGACAAGGCGACUCGAACGCAGCAUUAUUCUGAUUCCAUGAAAGAAAUCUAUUUUUGAUGAUCUGGGUAUCAAUUGUUGUAGUCCCCUCUGAUCUGUCUACAGAGGCCUCUGUUCAGGAUCCAUCUGCUGCUAAAACAACAUACUUGGGGCGAGGUACACUAACAAGCAGGGGCGUGUCAGACCUUUUUGACCGGGGUGGCCCCGACCUCGGCACUGACGCUGCUGUAUGUGAGUCAACACGCUGAUAAAAAACGAUUCAUUAUUGCAACUGUAGCUGUAGAGUUAAUUUGAACAAGUCUUUCCACUGACAAGUAGUUUCAAAAGACUAAAACUGACACUUGAACUAAACUGAAAUGAACAUUUUUGGGAAAUGAAACUAAAUACCCAGCCUUAAAAAUGAAUCAGCUAACUAUACAGACACUGAAAACAGCCAAAACUAAAUAAAAAUGACACUAAAGAAAAUGUCCAGAACCUUCAUAACCUCUAAGCUGGGAUUCGAACCGUCAACCUUCCAAUUAAGAGGCGAGCCGCUCUACAACUGGGCCACAACCACCUCAAAACGCUUAAGCGCCAUACUGAGAGUGGUUAGGUGGAUGACUUUUAAGCCAAUGAGACAUUGAACCAAAUUUUAAAGCGUCCAACGGACAAAAUGCAAAAUAGCGAAAACAGCAUAAACAGCAAGACGUAACAGCAUGAGACUUUCAUAGCUAACCGUUUCUCCUCCAGCCCAUAUGCUGCACCAGAACGACUUCACCCUCAUGCAGGCACUUAGAAAUCAUCAGACUGUCUCAGAGCAGUCCUGCAGCAACCACAGGUCCCUUUAUGGCUUUGUUGUCAACAGCUGCUAGGCUUUAAAGACGCUUUCUAGAGGAAUAAAAAAAAAAGCUUUUUAAUUCAGCUGUGAUUUUGGCUCGUUGGAUGACCGUGUGAUAAAAGAAAUGAAGAAGUGUAAGCUCUCCUACUGUAUGUACGGAAGCAAAGUCCAUGACCGCUUGAUAAACUCCAAACCUGGGUCCUUUUUUUGUGUGUCUUUAGUAUUUCCUUUCUUUCUUCUGUGAUAAAACAUAAAGCUACAAGACCGAAAUAAAAGUAGAAAAUCACUUCAGGGGUUCAUGAAAACUGAUAUGAUAUGAUAUAUAUUUUGUCCGUUAUUGUAGACAGAUCAGAUUACGUCUUUAUUUUGACCUCCAAAGUGAUUAGGACAGUUUAGCGACAGCCUCAGCAGCAGCAGGAAACUCUGCAAACAUGUGCACAUAGGUAGGCUAAUUUUCUUCAGAGCAGCUAAAGUCAUUAAGCCAGAAUAAAACUCACAGACACACAGACUCACCUGUGUGUCUGCUUAUUGAGUUUCCAUGUCCUUUCACUGCUAAGGUCCAAACAUGACGAUAAUUUGCAUUCCUUCUCGCCCUUUUUUUAAAGGCUGUUGUGGUCUUGCGUGUUGUUGUAAUGUUUGUUUUUGGAUCGGCCUAAUAGGGCUUACAUGCAGCUGUGAGUAAUGUUGAACCACCUUGAAGGACAGCAGGGGUUAAAAGUCUCUGGUGUUAUUUUUGUGGGGGUCAAAAGUCCGGGAACCUCUGGUCUAACUCACACUCUGUGCACCUGGUUUGAUGAAAAGACGACAGGCAACGAAAUCAUCAAAACAAGAUGGCAUAAAAAACCCAAACAAACUAAUUUUAACCAUUUAAUUUACUGUGAGAGGAACUUUUAAUGACUUAAAGCUUAUAUUUUAUAAUAAAGAAAUCAGGCAUUAGCCAAUCAUACACCCUCUCCUCAAUGAAAAUGACUUUUUACUAGGGCCAGACUGAAAAAAUCUGAAUACCGAUUAAUUUACCAAUUUUGUAAAUAUUUUAUUAAGUUAUAAAAAAUAUAUAUACUGUAGAUAUCUCCAGUAUACUACAUACUGUAGGCUACUGCUCUUCAUACCGACAGGAAGACCGACUGAUCAAACUCGGACCAGAAAAGCAUUUUCAACUCCCUCCCGCACUGAUCGGUGCCUCCACGUCUUAACUCACGUUCCUCAUUUCCGGUCCAGUCUCAUCUGCAGCUGCCUCAGUAAGAGAAGUAGCUCGAUCACUAAUGUGUACUGUUGUUUAUUCUACCGUUACUGCCACGGCUAACAGUGUAGCAAGGCUAAUAGCAGAUGCUAACUCUAACUUUAGCUCGUAUAUUACAUGGUGCUUCACCGUUAACUCGGCGUGACCGAGACCAGCGCAGCGGGGAACAUGGUGAAGUGGGUUGAACUGAAACUUGUUGACUUAUUGUGUUUUUCACAAACUGGUUUAUUUACCGUUGAGGCGGACCACUCUCCUCCGUGCAUCCUAGUUAGUGGGUGAAGAUUGUAAUGAGGUCGCUGCACCAUCUACAGGAUAAGUCGGGGGGUCUUUUCAAAUGGCGGAACAUUUUCGAAGUGACACCGAAACUUAUUCUCCGCAUUUUGACCGAUUACCGAUUAGUCUCAAACGGGCUAAAAUUGGCCGAUUUAAUCAGCUCACCGAUAAAUCGGUCGGGCCCUAGUUUACAAGCUAAAAAAAAGAGCGAACAGUGUUAUCAGCAUAAGGACUGAUUGUUUCUAUUUUGUCAUUUAAACCUGCUACAACAGGAUAGUGACAAACUACCAAAACAGCGUCUUCCACACUAUGUCCACAGGGGGCGCCAACCUCAACACAAACCUGAAGUUCCUCACAGGAGCUUUAAUUUCUAUUCAGAGUUUUAUUUUUCAGCUUUUAUUCCGAAUAGAGAAGAAACAGGGCGCCCACUUUGAAGACUGGCCACACACUUAAUGAUUAAGGCCUGAUUCGCCAAGGGGGCGUGGUCUAAUUCGAGGCUCACGUUAACUGAUCCUAUAUCUGAAUACUCUUCACUGCCCUAAACUGAACCUGAGGUGUUUGAUUUCUAUGACCGCCUCCAAUAACCUCUACCUGCAGUAACCAGUCAGAGGAACAAGCUGGGAAGUUUGCAAACAUGGUGGCAAAUUUAAGGACAACUGAAACCGUAAGCUGCGCCCAGACCCUCUUUUCAAUCAAGAUCUCGCUCGUAUCCUUUUCCCCAUUUUUUGUUGUAGCUGCCAAACAGAGGAGAGGACGACUGGGGAUGCGCAAAAUUACUGGCUCGAUAUCUCGGUGUUGGCAGAUGACAGCUUAAAAAGUUAAUUAUAAUAAUAGGCGGUGAUGUAAAUUUCUGCCAAUAUAAUUAUCAGCCAAAAAUUGCGUGCACGGGAUGACAGCUUUGGCGUGCAGACAUGUCAGCUGUAUAAAAGUAGCAGAGAGGAGAUGCAUUACUGAAUGUCUAUAUUUAAACGGACCACAGUGAUCAUUUACCGGGUACUACUACGACUUUUAAAGACGGUUUAAAUCCUGAAUGUGGAGCUGUGGGAUAAUCGUUCCAGCUUUUGUUUUGAGGGGAAGUUACAGAAAAAUGCAACAUCACAUAUGUGGAGCAACGGGACUUAGCGAACAUAUUCAAAUGACCUUGAGCUUCAGGAGUGUUUGUGUGUGUAGCUCAGGCCCAAUCCAAAAAAAAAAAAGAGAAAAAACGAGCCAAACAAGAAGACAUCCUGUUCCCUCUCUGCAGUGAUUGCCCGAGCAUGUGUGCUGCAUUCAAACGGACCCUUUAAAAUGUGUUUUUUGUGUUGCAGGAGGAGAUGAACCGAGGGAAGCCCAACUGGGAGCACCUCAGCGAGGACCUCCACGUCCUGAUCACAGUGGAGGACACACACAACCGCGCCAAGAUCAAGCUCCAGCGGGCCAUCAACGAGGUCAAGAAACUUCUCGUGCCCGCUGUGAGUAUGAGCCCGAAACCCGUCGACGGCGUCAAACAUCUCAGACUGGGUUUGAUGGAAAAAUCCGUGGUGUGUGACUGGAUGAGGGUUCGCUGUGUUGGUAUGCAUGGAAGGGGGAAGGGGAUUGUCAGUCCAAAAAGUGUGUGUUUGUGUCUUUUUUGUGUUUUUGUGUGUGUGAGAGAGUAUGUGUAAGGGGUUAGGGUAAUUAGGGAACACGCAUAAAGGGGUAUCCAUGGUAACCCCGGGUUGUUUGAAAGGCUGAGGGAAUGAAUGGAGAGUCUGUUCACUUGUUCUCCCCACUCCAUCACUCCUUUCACUCGUUCACAACUCACUUCAUUCCCAAACUACUGGCUACAGUAUUCCUUUUUCACUCCUUUUUUUUUGUUGUCCACACAAGAGGACAUUUUGAUUGCACUCCUCAACAUUUCUCACAUUCCCCGGCCCACCUACUCCCCCCGCUCUCUCUCUCUCUCUCUCUCUACGGACGCACAUGCAUAACCAUCCACAAACAUGACCGCAGAGGAGGAACACAUGCACAUCACUCAGAUAUGGUUAUGUAGAGACACACAUUCUUUAAAUUGACUCACAGUCACAAAAGCACAUGUUUUGAAAUCACAAGGCUGCUUUCUUUUUCUUCCUCGGCAUUAUUCGCGACAAUAGAAAACAGCCUGAAAGGACCAGCGGGGGGAUUCUAUUGCAGCAAUCAGCCGCUACUUCCGCUCCAAUCACAGCACGGUUAUCAGCCCACCCUAAAAGUAAAAAGAUGUGAGAACAACCACGGGCAAUCAGGAGCUGAACACCUGUUAAUCUGUGUUUGUGAGUGUGUGUGAGUGUGUGCGAGUGUGUGGGCAGAGGGUGAAGUUAAUGAUAGGUGUUGGUUUAACCCAGUCGACCUUGCUGUCCGACUGUAAAUCAGUCGGGCUUUUCACCAGGCUGUAACUGGAGCUAAGAAGCGAGCGAGUUUGACACCGAAUAUAUCCUCCAUGAGCGGCGUGUUCAAGGUCUGGUGGUCCGAUCCAUUCCAGACAAUGCAAACAAGGUCUGUGAGGAACAUAUGCGACACAGGAUCACGCAGUCCAAUGCUGUGAUCAUGAUUUAACUUAUAAAUAAUCAAGUAUUAAAGAAUCAGUGUAUGAUUAAUGAUACCAGUAAGUAAAAAAAAAAGUUCUCAAGAUACACCCCGUUGAGACAUUAAUAUUGCCGGCCGCUUGCUUCUCUAGUUAGACCAACUUUAAUAACGACCGCACGAUAGCAAUAUACAGCGGUCUGAGGAGCCAUAAACAAACCCUGACCAAAACGCCACUCUAUAGCCACAAAUAAUGCUCAGAACAGCACCUAACUUCAUCAACAGGACAUAUAGGGUCCCAGCCAUAGUUCUAGCCACCAAACAUCUUUUUAAUUUUGCCUGAUUUCUUUCGCAAAGGGGCUAAACACAACUCACCUACUCUCUUCCAGCAGCCGCUUGUUUGUAGUGAGACCUCAGGCCAGUCCAUUACGGACUACAGCGGGGUGACGCAGCUCAAGGAAGAACAUUUAUGAUCAUUUCCUUAUCAUUUCCUUGAAGUAAUAAUCACCAUUCAACUUCCAGUCUUGAGAAAUAAACCGUAAGUGUUACAAUCUGCAGUUCCUUGAGUGUCCACUAGAGGCUGGCUACAAAAGUACAAGGAGCCACAUACACACCCAUUCAAAAAAAGCCCGUCUUUACAGCAAAAAUAAACAUGUUUACAACCCGUUAGAUCCGUGUUAUUAGGGGGUGGGGUCAACUUGGCUGCAGCUGUCAGCUAAGAGGUUAAAGGCCGUCCUCAGCUCUGCACCUCUGCCUCAUGUUAGGUCGACCAAAGUUAGAUUGAGUCAGCAUUUCCAACAUGGAGAAUACUGUUAGUGGUGUUUAUUUAUUUAUUUAAGGUUUAUAUGGAUUUUUUUAAAGAUUUAUCUUUGGGCUAUUGUGGCCUUAAAUGACAUAUGGAGAUCAGAGCAGGAAAGACCCCACAGGUGGUAAUCGAACCAUAUUUUUAGAGACAUUUUAGUGCACCAUGAGCUAAUAUGACAACAUUCUAGUGACUAUGCUGACCUGUAUUUUAGUCACUGUCUUGGUGUGGGAGUGAGGUGUUUUUGAUGCGCUUCUAGUACAAUCCAAUGUCCAGUCCAAAGUUGUUGUUGAAUUAUAUUUUUGCCAUGUAUUGAUUAAAUGAAAAACAAACAAUAAAAAAGAUAGAUAUGUCCAAAUUAUGACAAUGGUGAUGUACGUGAUGAGGGUGAGAGUGGUGUCGGAGAUUGGCGGUAAAAAUCGUGUGCUCUUCCCGUUCCCCAGAUCACUGCUUCACCUGUGUCCCUUUUGUAGCAUUUAUGCCCCUUAUGGUGAUUGUGCAAAUAACAAAACAAAACCCAACAAAUAAUGUAGAUAAAAUGGCUCAUACAAACAGCAUUAACAAUUCUAUACUUUAUCUGGUGUUCCUUGUGUUUUCCAGAAUGCAUAUGUUUGCAUGUAUGUAUUUCCUAAGUCUAAAAAGACGGUUUCAUCACCUCUACAUGAAAACUAAUAAUCUGAGCGAGCUGACAGUUAUUUCCAGCCUCAUAUGACGGCGCCAUGCUGGUGUGAAAAUAUAACCAACGCAGCGAUCACACCUGAUUCAGAUAGAACAUGCUCAUGAUAAAGAUGGGAUUCAUUGUGCAAACUCAAAAACCGCCUUUUGUCCGUCAGCAAAUAUUUAAACAGAGCCCAGACUCCUCUCUGCUCUCUGUAACCUUUGCUGACUCGUCGACCGACUCCCUAAAUAAGCCGAUUGUGUCUCUCUGCUUGUCUGUCUGUGUGUGUGUGUGUUGUUGUAGGCCGAGGGGGAGGACAACCUGAAGAAAAUGCAGUUGAUGGAGCUGGCCAUUCUCAAUGGGACCUACAGAGACGCCAAUGUCAAGACGCGUAAGGCUGACAUCAUAGUUUAGCAUGUGGAGGAGGGUUGGUGGGUGACAGAGGAGGGGUCUGGGUACAGGACUCCACUGUACAUAUGAACAAUGCUUUUGUUCCUGCUGUUAAAUGGUCUGUUUGUCUCUCCUUCCUCCCUGUCUAUUGUACGUGUGUGCUCGCGUGUGGGUGUGCGCAUACUUGCAUUAUCCUGUGUUCGUGUGCCGCGCAGCCACCGCCGCCUUCCCUCUAGCGACCCCUCAGGCGCCUCGGAUCAUCACAGGCCCCACGCCCGUCCUGCCUCCCACCCUGCGCAACCCCGCCCCUGUCAACACGCCGACCCUCAUGCCACUGAUUCGCCAGAUCCAGAGCUCGGCCCUCGUGCCGGGAGGAAACCCGCACCCGGCGCUUGUGCAGCAAGGGCCCGAGUCUGGGAUCAUCUACACGCCUUACGAGUACCCGUACACACUCACGCCCUCCAUAUUGGAAUACCCGAUUGACUCAACUGGAGUAUUAGGUAUUUAUGACCCGAAAGUUCCUCACUGUCCUACAUGGUCAAUGGAUGUAUUAUGAGAACUGGAUACUGGACGCCAGUAGAACUCCCUCCCCGUAAAAACCUUAAAUUAGACACUUUAUAUUAAGAUUACGCACGCAAAAAACAGUAUUACUGGACUCAAAUCCCAAAUCUUCAAGGUCAUAAAUUUGGAUCGAUCAGUUUGAGGACUUAAACAAAACUUAGACCCCGUCUGUAAGUGUCUUUGGAUCUAAACAUGGAUGCAAUCUCUGUGUAGUCACUCAAUGGAUCCUGUCGAGGCUUUUUGGACCGGACUUUGGCGGUUCAAGUUACCUCGGAAGUCAGAUGUCGGAGCUGAAAAUGACGUCACAUCUGAGUUACCAGCGUUACAGUUACCAAAUCUGGGGAAAAAAAUCGCAGGCCUCAAGAUGGCGAAAGGUAUUUUAGCACUUGCCUUGUCUGAAUAUAAGGCAAGCGCUAAAAGAACUUUCGUAGAUGUAGCCAUCUUGUUUCAGGCCUGCGAUUUUCCUUUUUCUGACUUGGUAACUGAAACGCUGGAAACUCAGGUGUGACGUCAUUUUCAGCUCCAACAUCUCACUUCCGAGGUAACUCGAACACAGCAUUAGUCUCAACCUUGCUAGAGUUCAGACUCCUGGCGAACAGCUACAAAGUGCCCCCAUGUAACCCAAUCUAGUCACAACCUUAACUUUUUGACUUUAUAUCCGUAAAAAACAGUUCCUAAAAAAAGUUGAGCCUGUGCAAAAUUUUUUAAAUAAAGAUAUCAGCUAUUCUGACCGGGCUGUAAAAACAGGCAUUUCAAACAUAGCUGUUUCAUUAACUUUUGAAACCAGCCCCUAGUGGACACUUGUGGAACUGCAUUAUUUUUGCACUUCCAGCAUCUUUAACUCAGAGAUUGCAGAUUUGUUUGGUCUGAAAGCAAAGGAAGUUCCACUUUUAAGAGUAGAUUUAAAGUGUCAUCAUCAUCACCUACACGUUUGUGUUUCUCUGUGUUUUAUGUAGACCUCUGCCUGACUACCUCCCUCUUUUUUUUUCUCCUCAUCUCUGUUAUAAUGAAGCAUAAAGCGCCUGGAAAAAAAAAAUGCUUGUUUUCAGUUUGAACUUGCAUGAAGGCACCUUUGCAUCAAUUUGCACCGCCCCCCUGAAUGAAUUUCUGUUUUUGUAUGCGAUUGCACGGCCUCUGAAAUUUUGCCUGACCUCCUAUUAAAGUUCACAGCAAGACUUGACCCAACCUAAUCACUCAGUCUACACACUGAACUCGCCCCGAUACCGCUGCAUUUUAGAGCCGAAUCUACCCACGAUAAAGCUACAUUAAGUUUUAUUAUGUGAUUAUAGGACAUGCCUUUCCACAUCCACUAAAAAAAAACAACAAUUACUCAUCCAUUUCUUUGACAAUUAGACAUAUUACAUCGUUUGCAGCAGAUUGGCAGACAUCCGCCUUGUUUGCGGUGAUUUAAUAUGUUGAAACCCUCGAUUUAGAAAUAACCGGCUCUGUCUCUGAUCGUCUCGUUUACUUUCAUAGCUCAUUAAAAGGCAUUAAUGUACAUCCUAGUUGGUUUCAUUUGCAGCCAAAUUAACAAGAGACCCAACCAAACACAGAGAUGGACUCACAGUGAGCUCCUCAUAGAGUGAGUUCCUGCUCUAAUCUUUAUGUUUUUGACUGUUAAGAGUUUCUGAUAGGGAUGCACGAUAUCAGAUUUAGUUCUACUGAAACUUGUAAACAAGUAAGUUGGACUGGAACCGGACUUGGAUUAACAUACCUGGAUAAUGCGGUCGAGGAUCAGUUUUCUCCUGCGUGUUUACAGCUGAAUGGGACUGAAACUGGCCUAAGCGUUGAUAUGUAAUACAUCAGAUGGACGAUACGUCAAAGGAGGCAUGUCGCUGCCUAGUGCGGUGGAGGUGGACUAGGCACAUGACUCAUGCAUCAACUUUAAGGCCAGUAAGUAAAUCAGCAGACGUUUGGACACCUAUAAUUGACUUUUUAACCCGUUAUCUGCUGAUUAAAACUCGAUUAUGUGAAUACGUGACACCAAAAUCAGACUUUAACUCAUACAGCGAUAUUUAAAGUGGGUUUCAGCGUCUUAGUUCAGACUGGCAGCCGUAUCCAGCUCUUGUAAUACAUCCUCCACAUUUGCACGUGCAUGCUGAAGCUCAUUGCUGGGCUAACAGUCCCCUCUCCCUGUGUUUUUGCAGGUAUGGCUUUCCCAACCAAAGGCUAAGCGAUAGCAACCCCUCCUAGCACACACACGGACUGGCUUGCAGAGACCCCCCCCCCCUCCCCUUCCCUUCCCCUUUGCCUCCCUCCCUCCCCCCUUCUCUCUCUCUCUCUCUCUGUUUUACCCCCCUUUACAUACUUGUCCCGCAGAGCAAACAGUCAAAGUUUGCUCAUACUCUAGGAUGACAGAUUCCUCGACAGUCAUUCUGUAGUCAAGUGUCCAUUCCUGUUAAUUUCCUCUUUGUAUUAGCAGACUAGUGUUGUGGUGUGACGGCUGUUUUAACUUUUUAUAAUAGACCAGCUUCUGCUUGUAACUUUAACACAUUUGUAGUGAACCCGUAGAUAUUUUAGCGCCGCUGUUUGUGAUUUAAUAUAUGUUAAAGCUUGUUUUAAUCACAGAGCUAUAGAGUGACUUUGCUUACAGCUGAUGUUGAAUCUACUAGUGAAGCUUAGAGUUAAAUUCUAGCAGUUUGGAUUAAUAUUUACCUUAGCGAGCAGAAGACCACGAAACAACGAAAAAUUCUGUCUCAUAGAUUUAUUUUCACCCUCAGUUUAAACCUUUUUUUUAAAUUCCUGGUUUCACUGAUGUUGGUGCCAUGGGUGGACUGUUUGAUGUCUUUCUGAUGAGUAACCUUCUGUGUUCUGUUUUGGCGAAUGUCAAUGGCUGUAAGCAGGUGCCAUGACCACUAAGGUACGACGCCACGACAAGAGAAUCCAUCCUUACCAAAGGGUAGUGACCCCAGACAGAGGUUAGUUAGCUCACCAGCCACUUUAUGUGUAUACGUGUGUGAGCGUGUGCGCGUGUUCUCGUGUGUGUGUGUGUUUGAAAGCGUGCGUGCAUGCAGACCAAUGGACCAAUCUCAGUUUACAUGUGUCUGUAAUACGGCAUGCCUUAAAAAGAAAAUAACUGCGUCAGGCGGGAGCAGCGUCAGUGUCAAAAUGUGAAACAGUGUUCGUCGCAGUGAAAGUGAAAUAAGUGAGAAAAUUUGGGAGGAACCACGUUAAGGGUGACAGCUGCGGCGGUUAUCUUUCACUCGCCUGGUAGAUAAACUGGACGGCUUGCAGGCCGGGACCCUCUCAAUUAGAGUGGAUCGCUCCGUUCAUGUGACUCGGUCCUUGUGACUCUGGAUUCAGAGUCCUUCCUCCUCUCAGAAACUUUUUUUUUUUGUUGUUGUUUAUCUCUUCAGUACUACUUCUGACCCUGCAAAUAUCUGUGGGAAGUUUUUAUUUAUACCCAACUUCAUUCCACAAAUGUUCCUUUUUAUUAUUAUUAUUAUUAUAUUAUUAUUAUUAAUGAAAUCCUGUGUUAUUCCCAAUGACUAUAUGACAUUUCAAGUAACAGUGAUUGUCUUUUUUUCUGGAGAUCAUUCAAUUCAACAUGAUCUUUGGUCUCUACUACUAAAACACAGCGUGUGAUAACUACUGAAGUCUGUGUUACAAGCUCUUUUGUAUGAAAUACUGUUGUUUGUGGUCUUAUCAGUCGCCCACUGGACUUUAUCAUUGGGGCUGUUUACAUCUUUCAUAUAUUUCCUAGCCAGAGUGGUGCUGUUGCCAUGUAUUUAGCUGCAAAAUAAAUUUGUAUAUAGGGAUUUUAAAGUGCUUAUAUGAAGCUUAUGGAACAAGAUCGCUUUGAAAUACUUGUAGUAUUUUUUUUUUGUUUUGUUUUAGUUUUUUUUUUUAGUUUGUAAAUUUUUAUUUUUGUUUCUACGAUAUGCUUUUUAUAGAUGAAGUGUCUCCAUGUAAAACUUCAAACUUUAUUCGAGGUGUGUAGCUACUACUGUUUUAGUCACCGUGAGGAAGAAAAAAACAAGAAAAAAAAGAAAAGAGAAAAAAAAAAAAAGGUGGCAAUGAAGGCAGUGUGUUUGCUCUGUCUAUUUAAGAUGAGGUGACCCUUCUCGAUUCACAGGCCUCGAGACUGUUUUAUGCAAUAGAAAAUGGACUAGCUAGCUACAAUAUAUGUGUGUAUGUGAGCGGUGGAGCUCUUGUUGUACGCGAUGGACAAGAAAACACUAAAAGGCAAUAAAGAUGACUAUUGAAAACAUCUCUAAAGGAAACCAAAGCCUCGAAAUUCUUGUAGUUAGUCUGUCUAUUGUUGAAUUGUGUCUUAAGUCCCUCUAAAAUCACCAUCUCUUAACCUCUCAUCACUAUCUCUUAUGGUGCCUCUUUGCUUACUCUAGUCAUUAGGUGCUCUUCUAAUACUUCAUAGUACAACCCCAGCUCCGAGAGAAGUGCGGACGCUGAGUGAAAUGUGGAUUAAAGCAGAAUUCGGCGGUUUGCAAAUCAUCUAAACCUGAUACAAGUGCAAAGACAACUUAUUUUAGAAGUAAUGCUAGCGACACGUUUAGAGAAAAUCGAUCCUGUUUGCUCCUGUUUUGCAUCACCUCUCCUCCAAACAACACUGUAAAUGUUUUUUAAAAGGGAAGUGUUGCCCCAUUUUCGCCCCCCGGUCAUAUUUUUAUUUCAUUUUGUGCCAAAUGUUUCCAAAUAGUGACGAGCGGAGACUGCAGAGCCUCUCUUACCACAGAGCCAUGCUGUUGUAAUACAUGCAGAAUGUGGUCUGGCUUCGUCUCGCUGAAUUAUGAAGGUUUUUCCCUGAAAACAGUCGUUGUCUGGAUGGCAGCGUGUUUACCCCAGAACCUGUAUAUGUUGUUCAGCAUUAAUGGAGCCUUCACAGAUGUGUAAACGACUCCAUCGUUGGCACAUGUGUGUCACAGAUGCUGUAACCUGAGGAUGCAGAGUCCAUGAUUCAUAGACCAUGCAUUAUAGCAGUAAAUCUGAACUCAUGUGGUGAUUUCCACUACAGAGUCGUCUCUGUUUUUGUUGCCGUGUCUCAUAGGGGUCUGGAAAUCACAUCCAUCCUUUACUGGCUUUCAGACUUGUCCCUUUUUAUGAUAUCAAGAACUGUAGAUGACGAAAUCUCAGAGCUGUUUGUGAUUUUAGGAAGAUUGUUGAACUCUUUGUUCACAGUCUCUUACACUUCAGGGACACUCUGCUUCUUUCAAAUACCCUUUUUAUACCCAGUCAUGCCACUAACCGUGCAAAUUCACCAAAUUAGUCGAGAGAUAGUUGUUUUUUGUCGUAUUAUAUAACUUUUUCAGACUUUUUAAAAACAAAUUGAGCCCAUUCUUUCACAAAACAAUCGAGUAUCUUUAGUUAAACUCUUGUCUUUGCACUUUUUUCAAUCAAAAAUGAGGUUUAAAUAAAUCCCAAACCAUCAGAUUCUGUCUUCGUCUGCAUUUCGCACAGCCUCCCAGCUGGUUGGGAAUUGGGGUUGUAAAAGAAAAUCCAACAAUAAUCAAUAAUCAUGACUGUUAAUCUUUGAGAUCUUAUGCCUGCUGCUAAACAAUAGCUCUACUUGUCAGUUGUUGCGAGUUUCUGUGAGGCCCAGACACUUUUCUUUGAGCAUAAAGGUCACUCUCUCACCCACACGAAACCAUGCUGUCUCCCUCUCUGUCCAUGGUUUCACUGUCUGUCUGUGCGAGUUGUAGCCCAGCUAGCAUGAGUAGUAUCACUAUAGCAGCGGUCGCACAGCGGGAGGGGCUCCUUCUUCCUGCAAAACACCUUCAUGAGCGCUUAUGAGCAUCGCUAACCCGCCAUUCCUUAUGUCACCACCCGGUGGUUGGUGUAAGUCACUCUGAAUGGUCAUGCAGGGCUCAUGAAGGUGUAGCCCAGCUCCCCUCACGCUGUGUGUCUGCAGUAGAUCUGCCUUGUUGUCAUCCUGACGCCACUAGCUGACACUAAUCUCUCUUCUAUCUUUUUUCUUUUUAUGUCCCCUUUUAUGUGCCCUUUUUUGUUUCCUUUCCUCGUCCCUCCGUCCGUCUCUGUCUGUCUAACUCUAGCUGCCACGGCAACUAACCCAUGACCCCUUGACCUUCUGACCUUUCCGCCCACUGAUGACCCACCCAUCUCUGCCCCGCUGGCGUGCUCAUUGGCCCACGGCCCCGCCACUUCCCCGCAGCUCAGCCAACCAGACCAGCACAUUGGGAACAACCCCGGCUGCUUCUGUCUAACCAGCCAACCAGACGACAGCGAUCACAGGAAUAGACCUCAGGACCCCGCCCACCUCUGAGUCCUAACCUAAACUUUACCAAACGUGCCUUCUCAUAAAGAGUUCAAAGCCAGUCUGAGAAUGUUUUGAAACCACUAGAUCAUCUGUAGCCGCCAUUAUCACCAGCUCAUGUCACUGGGGAUGGGCUCCAAACAAGUGAAGGGCUCUUAAACCAUCCCUGACUGUGCCAAACUGUCUCUGAGCUGCCCUGCCCUCACUCCAUUUGAUGCAAUAAUAAUAAUAAUGACUCUAUUAAUGCUCUAAAAGGUAAUGAAGAUAUCUAUUACUCAUCCAGCAGAGAAAAAUCUCCAUGAAACCCAGUUUUAAUGAGAUGCAAUGACAAUUUAUCGAAUCUUUCCUCAUCGGGCACCUCAUAUUUUUUCCCCCCACUCGCACAAAUAAAAGGGAUCGCAUUCAUUAAUUUCAUGAUAACACGUUAUAAUUGGUGUUAAAAACAUUAAUACAUUAACAAGCUUCUCCUCAGAAAUGUAACACCAACAUGUGAUUGAAAUGACGUGUUUAAAUGCCGCCUGAGAAAUUUCGACACAUUCGAAACAAAAAAAACAGGAAAUGAAAUGCCAGCGCUGAAUCUUUUUAAGCAACAGGUGCUCCGUGAGGAAAAAAAAAAUGGAAACUGAAAAUGCCAAAGUUUCUCUUCAUGGAAUAUUAACGACAGAAAAAUCAUCCCAAGUACUUACAGUAUGCAACGCCAAGUGAGGGUUGCACCUCUUUUUGUUUGACUUACACAGCGAUGCCUUUGCUUUUUUCACACUACAGUGUCGUACCAGCUUGAACAGCAGUGCCUUUAUUUAUUAAGAGCAUCCAGCCAACGCUACACCUAAGGCUACGUUCACACUGCAGGUCGAUUCCGAUUUUUUAACCAUAUGUAGCACAUAUCUGAGUUUUUCAUGCAAGUGUGAAUAGUGGAAUUCUGAUUUUUACAAAGCCGACCCAGGCCUCUUUUGUAUGUGGAUAUAAAUCGGAUACGAGGCGACUAUACCUAUACGUGACCUAAACGUCAUCAAUAUGUGACAAACGCAUAGACUGUAUAUACGAUGGACAACUUAAAGCCAAAAAGCUCUCGGUAUUUCCGGGGUUUUUCUUCAUUUCCUGAAACCAGAGCUGCGCAGAGUCCCCGUGAUGACGCUCGGCUCAAACAGCGUAUCCCCCCGGAGAGCUAUGCAAUCCCUGAACGCCCAUAGGCUGUAUCAGGUGUCAAUCAUAGAAAACAUGAACCCCCUAAUAACUUUUAAAAACUGAGCUUCACAGAAAAAAGAGGACUUGAACACAAACCAGUCUGACAGUAACUACAUGUCAACAUCGUAACCAGGGAGAGAAAAAUUUAUAUUCUGUGUAAUAAAUUCGUAAAGUUUGUCCACAGCUCCAUAAGUUUUACUGGCGGAGGCGGGAUUUAUGAGCUAUACUGCAGCCAAACAGCAGAGGGUGCUGUUCUCGGAGUGGCUUCACCCAGCGAGGAGGCAGACGUCGUCUAUUCUAUAAACAGUCUAUGGACAAACGUCACCAAACAGGCGCGGAAAGCAACAGAGAACAGCCAGUUGUGCGCAUGCAGGUCACUUCACGGACGCGUUCCGUUCACAUUAGACGCAUUUGUUGUUGUUGUAAUGUGAACGACCGCACAAAAAGAUCGGAUUUGACAAAAAAAUCGGAAUUGUGCAUCAUAACCUGCGGUGUGAACGUAGCCUCAAUCUUUCUACCGCUACAGCGUGAUUACGACAUUUGGGUUCAGGCUGCAGGGAAUGUGUCGCAGCGUAAUGACCGUCAACCGUAUCUCCAUGCAAUUCAGAUUUUGGUGCAAAAAAAAAAGAUAAAAAAAAAAACACAUUUGAAGUGCAAAUGCAGUAUUAAAACAGCAGCUAGAAGUCUGAGAUGUUUAUGUGAGGCUUGACCGCCUCGGAAGAACAGUGUUUUACUUUAUCUUCUGUUUGUUUUUUUUGUUUGUUUGUUUGUUUCGUUGGAGAUGAAGUCGUCCAUAUAUAUAUUUUUGCAUGUGUACUCGCUUUUUUCCAGAGGGUACAGUUUUACACGCAGACACAAGAUUAAACAAAACAAAACCAACCGAUGCCUUGACGUAACAAAAAGCAAAAGAAUCAUGGAGCGUAACAUCUGUAACGAGUUUAUAAUGUAUUUUUAUAUUCUAUUUUGUACCUGAAAAUAACAUUAAAUGACCUUUUCAGAUAAGAACAUUAUGCCUUAUUAUGGAGAGUAAUUUGAUGAGUUUAACGAUCAUUCAUGUGUCUAAAGUAAUCAUGUCCUGAUAUACUGGAGUUCUCUGUAUUAACUUGAGCCUUUAAGAUCAGCAUUGCUUGCCCUCUGUGCCUUUUGUAUACUAUAAGUGUGAGAAUUAACAGUGUAGUACAACAUUAAUCUACUCUUCAGUGCCAAGUGUAGGUUACUAACUGUUACCACUUCUGUGAUUAUUAACCACUUUAAUGGUUUCUGUCUCAGCUUUGGAUUUCUUUUAAAUAAGAAAUAUGUGUGUCUAAAAGAAAUGAAGAUCUGUGUUGGAAAAUGAACGUUUUAACUUUUAAAAGUUUUCUGAGCAGGAAUAACUCUUUGUACACUAUUAAACUCAUAGUUGUUGAACUAACAAAA